UGAGCACCAGCGAAAGCCAAUGACAUAACCGUUAAGUGUCACGGUAAUUUGUGGCAUUAAUGGGAAAAUUGAUGAAAUUCCCUACCAAUCAGCCAUACUGGGAUUCGAAAAUAUGACUGCAAACAUUGACAUUCCGGGAGAGAUGAAAGCGGCAAAGUUGUGCGAAUAUAACAAACCCUACGAGCUGGGAACGAAAGAGGUCCCAACAAUAAGUGAUCAUGAGCUUCUCGUCCAGGUAUAUGCGGCUGGAUUCUGUCAUUCCGACUUGCAAGUCAUGCAUGGGCAAUUUGAAUCAAAGUUGCCCCUGAUCCCAUCGCAUGAGCCAGCCGGCAAGAUCGUGAAAGUUGGGGCCAAGUGCGGAAGCAAGUGGAGGAUCGGCGACAGAGUCGGGGUCCUAAACUUCAAGAAUUCGUGCAAAACAUGCACCGGUUGCAAGUUAUCGAAGCGGGAGUAUGGAACGUACGAUCCUCGCUUUUGUGAGACACGGGAGAUGGCUGGUUUUAAGCAUGACGGUGCGUUCGCCGAGUAUAUGGUAGCGGAUCCAGAGACCACAGUGAAGUUGCCCGAGUCUCUCUCAUUUGAGCAGGCUGCUCCACUUAUGUGUGCUGGUGCUACUGUAUGGGGAGCCCUUGAGAAAGCUACGACUGGACUCAGACCUGGCGAGACAGUCGCCGUUGUCGGUAUAGGCGGGCUUGGUCACUUAGGAGUCCAGUUUGCGAAAGCGUUGGGAUAUCGAACAAUAGCGAUUGACAGCAAACCCGAAGGCAGGCAGCUUGCAACAAACGUUUCCAGCCCGGAUCUGUUACCUGAUCUCGUAGUAGAUUCUAUGUCGACAGAUGCCAAGCAAAAGAUCUUCGAUUUCACGCACAGAGAAGGUGUCGCCGCUGCUGUAGUCUGCACGGACUCACUACCAGCGAAUGAAUGGACUCUGAGCCUCUUGAGGAUUGGUGGUACUCUUGUGCUCCUUGGUUUACCUCCUGAUAAGUGGCGGUUCGAUUCUGAUAUCAUUGUGUUCAGGGAGUUGAUCUUGCGAGGAAGUUAUGUUGCAAGUAGGGAGUCGACUGAAAGGAUGAUGGCCGUCGUGAAGGAAAACGAUGUUCAAUCACAGUUGACAUUGGUGCCGUUCGACAAGGUGCCAGGAAUUGUAGAUAUGUAUCUACACAAGUCUUUCAGCGGCAGAAUUGUCGUACAAAUAUUGGAAGAAUAAACAGGUACCAGAGGCACUAAUCUUGGUACCUCAUGAGCUUUCUGAGAAAUGCGAAUUACUUCC